GAGUUUCCACUUCUCAAUCAAAAUGCUAUUAAAUUCAAUGGUAAUCAACGCUAUUAUGAUCUAGAAGUUAGUGAUAGUAAAGAUGACUUUACUUUUGCUAUCACUCGUCAAAGUAGUAAAACUAAAAUAUUUGACACAUCGAUCGGUGGUCUUAUAUAUAGCGAUCAAUUGCUUCAAAUCGCAACUCAUUUACCGACGAACAAUGUCUUUGGAUUGGGAGAGAAUACACACCAUUCACUCAGACAUGACUUUUCCAAGUAUAAGACAUUUGGGCUUUUCAGCAAAGAUCAUCAAACAGGAGAGGAACAAAUCAAUUACUAUGGCGUCCAUCCCUUCUAUACGUGUCUGGAAAGUGACGGUAAAUCUCAUGGAAUUCUUCUCCUCAACAGUAAUGCUAUGGACUAUACAACACUUCCAGAGCCGGGUUUGUCAUUCAGGACAAGCGGUGGUGUAAUUGACUUAUUUAUGUUUAUCGGCGAUAAUCCGGAACAAGUCAUUCAAUUGUAUACAUCACUCAUCGGGAAACCAAUUUUGCCACCGUUUUGGGCACUCGGCUACCAACUGACCCGUUGGGGCUUUAAUGGCACGGAUAAUGUGCGACAAGAUGUGAUGUAUUUGGACAUCGAUUAUAUGGAUCAAUACCACGAUUUCUCUUAUGAUAAGAAACGAUUUGCAAAAUUACCGGAACUGAUAGACGAAACCAAAUCAAAAAAGAAUCUUCACUGGACUCUGAUUCUGGAUCCGGCCAUUGAAGCCAUAAAACAAGACAAUCCGGCGUUUGAAGACGGAUACAGUAAAGACGUGUUUAUUAAAUGGGACCCAAGUGACAUGAAUGAACCCUCAAAUCUCAUUGAUAAGGGAUAUAUUUGUCCCAAAAAUAAAUAUGAUUACCCCGAUGUGAGAAUAAAGCCACUCUAUGGUAACGAUAACGCCAGAUAUUUGAGUGAAAAAACCAUUUGUAUGCUCACACGUCAGGGCGAUAACAAUGAGUUACUUCACUAUAACGUACAUUCACUCUACGGCUGGUCGGAGUUAAUCGCCACACAAAAAGCAAUACAUGCGGCGACAGGAAAGCGAGGGUUUGCUGUCUCGCGGUCUACAUUUGUCUCUUCGGGCAGAUAUGGGACGCAUUGGUUGGGAGACAACGCCAGUCAAUGGCCGCACAUGAAGUACUCAAUCAUCGGAAUCUUGGAAUUCAAUUUGUUUGGCAUUAGUUUUGUUGGACCCGACAUUUGCGGUUUUGGUGAUAACACCACACCUGAGCUCUGCAAACGGUGGCACCAAUUGGGGGCCUUUUAUCCAUUUAGUCGCAAUCAUAACGCAAUCGGUAACAUAGAUCAAGACCCGGCUGUUUGGAUAGAGAGGGGUCAUCCGGAGGUUACCGAAGCUGCCAUUAACUCAUUGGGAUUGAGAUAUAAAUUGUUGCCAUAUUUGUAUACAUUGUUUUUCAAAGCUCAUACAAUUGGUCAGACAGUGGCCCGACCCGUGUUUCAUGAGUUCCCCACCGAUAGUAACACAUAUGGUAUUGACGAGCAGUUUAUGUUAGGAUCAGCUCUACUCAUAUCACCAUUUCUUUAUCAGAAUCAAAGCCAAGUGAAGGCUUAUCUGCCAAACACUGUCUGGUAUGAACUGUCACCCAAUAUCAGUAAAGUGUCCAAAACUGGUCCCAUUGUCAUCAAUGAUAACAAAUACGGUAUACCACCCGUCCAUCUGAGGGGUGGAUCCAUAAUACCCGUGGCAUCGGAUUACCCGCACGUAAACACAAUUACCAUAAGGAAUGGUAGCAUUAAUUUGUUGGUAUUGCCCGACGCCUCCCAUUCCGGUUCGGGUGACUUGUAUUGGGACGACGGCGACAUCAAAGGCAAAGGGAAACAAAUGGACAGUUGUAUGGAAAUCAACAAAAACUAA